AUGGGCGUCGUAGACUCCAAAGCCAUGGCAACCGACUUUCUCAAUUUCGUCAAUGCAUCCCCCACACCGUUUCAUGCCGUGAAGUCGGUCAAGGAACGUUUAAGCGAGGUUGGCUUCAAAGAAAUCAAGGAGAAGCAAUCAUGGUCGUCAACCUGUGUUCCCGGCGGUAAAUACUUUCUUACGCGGAACGGUUCGACGAUCGUAGCCUUCGCAAUAGGCAAGAAAUGGAAGCCAGGCAAUCCGAUCUCCAUGAUAGGUGCACACACCGACUCGCCUUGUCUACGGAUCAAGCCGGUGAGCAAAAAACAAGGAGAUGGAUUUCUGCAAGUUGGAGUCGAAACUUAUGGCGGCGGCCUGUGGCACACGUGGUUUGAUCGCGACCUAGGACUUGCAGGAAGAGUCAUGGUGCGAGACGGCGAUGGAAACGUGGCUCAAAAGCUGGUCCAUAUCAAUAAGCCUAUUCUCCGGAUUCCGACCCUUGCCAUCCAUCUCGAUCGGCAGGAGACGUUCUCCUUCAAUAAAGAGACCCAAUUAUUCCCCAUCGCAGGGCUAGUCGCCGCGGAACUCAAGCGCCAGGAUGAAAAGAAGAAUAAGGAGUCCAAAGCUACUACUGCGGAAGAAGAAACAGAAGAGACCAAACCAUUUACACCGCUGAAAGCUUUGACGACAAGGCAUCACCCUCGAAUUGUCGAAGUAAUUGCCUCAGAUGCAGGAGUUUCACCAGAAGACGUGGUUGAUUUUGAAGUGGUCCUCUACGACACCCAGAAGGCUUGUCUGGGCGGCCUUAACGACGAAUUCAUCUUCUCAGCAAGGCUCGACAAUUUGAACCAAACAUACUGUGCAACGCUGGGAUUGAUACGUUCGCUUGAAGAGCCGUCAGCACUUGACGAAGAAUCCUCCAUACGCUUGAUCGCUUGUUUCGACCACGAGGAAAUCGGAAGCAUGACGGCGCAGGGAGCUUUCUCUAUGAUGCUGCCAGCCAUAAUACGCCGGCUCUCUGUUUUGCCCGCGUCAGCAUUCGUGGAUGACAGCUCCGAGCAAUCGUACGAUCGCGUCGAUGAGACGGACACGUCUACAGCCUACGAGCAGACGCUGUCAAGUUCCUUCCUCCUCUCGGCAGACAUGGCUCACUCCGUCAACCCCAACUAUGGAGGCAAGUACGAAUCGGAUCACCGGCCAGAGAUGAACCAGGGCCCUGUGAUCAAAAUCAAUGCGAAUGCAAGGUAUGCCACCAACUCGCCUGGCAUUGUUCUACUCCAAGAGGUUGCGCGAAAGGCACCUAAGGUCAUCGAGACUGACCCUGAGGGAGUGCCGCUGCAAUUGUUUGUGGUGAGAAACGACUCCAGCUGUGGAAGCACAAUUGGCCCGAUGCUAUCUGCUCAUCUUGGGGCUCGUACACUCGAUCUUGGCAACCCGCAGCUCUCCAUGCACAGCUGCCGUGAGACGGGCGGUGCGGACGAUGUUCACCAUGCUGUUCGACUGUUCAGUAGCUUUUUCCAGCAUUACUCCCGGCUGGAGAAGACGAUAUUGGUAGACUGA